AUGGGUGGUGUAGCCAAGCUAUUCGAUGGACAUAUUCUGAAUAAGUCCAAUGAAGAAGUUAAUCUUGAUUCCAAAGAUUUCAAGCGGAAAAUCAUCGGUCUCUAUUUCAGUGCUCAUUGGUGUCCACCGUGUCAAAAUUUCACUCCGAAAUUAGCUGCAUUUUAUCAAGCAUAUGCACGAGAGAAAAACUUUGAAAUUAUAUUUCUCAGUUCUGACUACGAUGAAGCAUCAUCCUAUUACUAUUAUCAACAUAUGCCUUGGUUAAGACUAGACUAUCGGGAUCGACAGAAAAAACAAGAAUUAGAAUCGAAAUACGGUGUGAAUGGCAUUCCAGCGUUGAUUCUAUUGGAUGGCACGACAGGAGACGUUGUCUGUGCUGAUGCGAGGCAAUAUAUCGAAUGGCAAGAUCCUCACGGAACUAAUUUUCCAUGGGGUCCUGUCAACGAACGAAAUUGUUGUUCACGUUGUUGCCACACAUAUGUUAUUUCGCAAUCGUCUUGUAAUUAUGCAAUGAAAUCUUGCAUUGAGCGUGUUUUAAUGCAUCAAACAGAAAGUCAAAUGUGUACUCCAUCGAUACGACGCAACUUUGUCGGUGAACACGCUCGAACAUGUUUCGAAGAUCUAUCUCAUGAUGUGAUUUAUCAUAUAUUCGAUUGUUUGGAGUUUUUCGAUAUCUACGGUAUUUUUUACCAUCUCAACAUCCGAUUUCGUCGAUUGAUCACUCACUCGAAUCUGCCACUCAAAGUGCGAAUAUCGUCAAUCUCAAGAACCGAUUUCGAAUACUAUCAUGCCAAUCUUAUCGUUCCUUAUUCACAUCGAAUAUCUUCACUGGAUUUAAGAAAUCGACUUUGUUUUGAUCUUCUCAUAUCUCCACACAAUCGUCUAACAGAAUUUCCUCGCUUGCAAACUUUAAUUCUCAAAAAUAUUAAACCAAAACAUCUACAUCAAGUCUUCCAAGAUAUUUCCACUUUACCGCGUCUUUCAAAGUUUGUUCUUCAUUGUCCAGGAUACACGCACGAUAUAGGCCACUAUUUUCUCAUAAUAUUUCGUUUACACGCAUUGAGACAUUGCGAAAUAUUCUUUCCCGAUGUACGCAAUUCAAUUCGAUUACCUUUUGCAGCAAUCGAUAAGCGAAGCUCUAUUGAACAUCUAACUGUCGCGUCUGACAUUCAUCUGGAGAAUCUUGAUCGAUUACUAUCCUAUGUUCCAAAACUUCGCUAUUUCUCUGUUGGAUAUCUUGGACAAAGAGGCGAUAAAGCUUCACUUCAAUUAAUACCAAUGCCUAAUUUAACACAUUUAUCUCUGGGAAUAGGUGGAUUGGAUUUCGAUUACUUCGAAGCUUUAAUAAAAACUUUUCCAAAUAUUCAACGUUUACAUCUUUAUGGAUCCGGUCCAGGGGAUUAUCUGAAUCCAGAUCGAUGGGAAGAAUUGAUUACAUCCUCGAUGCCAUUUUUACGCAUUUUCAAUAUUUAUAUCGACAGUUCUUUACCUAUUUCUUCGAUGUCACAAUUGCGACGAUUCAAAUCUUCAUUCUGGCAAGAUCGACAAUGGUUUUUUUCCUACCAUGGUUCAUACUAUCGCAAUUUUUAUUCGUGCCGCUUUCAUUCCGUAAAUCCCUCUCGACUAAGAGACUACUCGCUUCGCUAUGGUACAAAUUUUGGUACUGAUCCAGAUUUCAAAAAAGCAAACCUUCGGUCCGUUCGUCGCGUCCAGUUUUCACGCCAAAAAGCUAUCUAUCAUUGUGACCACCGAUUUCUUCAAGCAACCGAACUAACCUUAGAAAAUAUCACUUCGGAACAAGCGAAAAAAGAUAUCACUGCUCUUGAACAAAUCAUCUCGUUUGAUAAUCUUACUAAACUCGAAAUAAAUUCGAGUGGAUAUGCAUUCAAACAAUUAACCGAACUCUUGGCACUAACGCCCAAUCUACACACGUUGAAAAUUCAGCGGAUACAUCAAUUCGAUGAAACAGAUUUUACAACUUUUCCCACUAGUAAUGUCUUCCAGUUUGUAUCAAACGUAAAUAUGAUACAAUGCUUAUCAAUAACCCAUUUAACUGAAGUAAGAGAAGUGAGAUUGUUAUUUAUGCUAUGUCCACGGUUACAAUACUUCACUAUUCACCAACAGCAAAGACAUGCAGUAGCGAUAGUUCGAUACUUAUCCUCACAACUUCAUGAUGUUGCUCAACAUCUUAUUUUACUAACUAUGGAAAUUCGUAAAGGUAGACAUUUAGCAUCGUUGAAAGAACUUGUACGAACAAGAGAAUGCCUUCAGAAUUGGUCGCUGAUAGUUGAAAAUCAUCAGGUGUAUUUGUGGCAAUAG